ACUAAGCCACGCCCACAUACCUGUUACAACCAGGAAGAGCGAUUAUAUGGACUUCUCCAAAACAUUCACCGAUAUCUUUCCCAGCUGAAGACCCCUUCCUAGCCCACCUCCUCCCCGUCCGGGCCGGUAGUUCGGGAUAAAACCUGCGUUGGACCGGGAGAACCGGGAGAAAGACGCGGUUUGGCCAGGGACCAGGGUUGCUCUGACCACACCAGUACUGACCUGCUCAAGUCCGGCCGCAAGUUCUGCUGGUCCAGAGAAGCCCAGUACUUGUACCUUCGCCGCCUGUCGUCGAGGAGCUUCUCCGCCAUCACCAUGAACCCGGUCAUGGAGCAGACGGUGUGGGAGCAGUACACCGUGACCCUGCAGAGGGAUUCCAAAAUGGGUUUUGGGAUCGCGGUUUCAGGAGGACGGGACAACCCGAACGAGGACACGGGCGAGACGUCCAUCGUGGUGUCGGACGUCCUGCGGGACGGCCCGGCAGAGGGGCUGCUGUUUGAGAAGGACCGCGUGAUUCUGGUGAACAACACGCCCAUGGACGGAGCGCUGCACUCCUUCGCCGUUCAGACCCUCAGGAAAUGUGGCAAAACGGCCAAAAUCACGGUCAAGCGCGCCAAGAGGAUCCCGGUCAGUGUGAUGCCCCGCCCCGCCUCGCCUGAAGUCUUCACCAACGACAACUACAGCGACUACAACUACGACGCAGAGCGCCAGAGCAUGACCAGCGGCCGCGACAACAGCCUGGAGCGCCGCGGCUACGGCGACUCCGGCUACCAGACCCGCGACCGCGGCAGGAGCGCCGAGCGCGACUUGAGCCCCGACCGGAGCUACCGGCGCGACGGCAGCAGGGGCCGCACGCUGGACCGCAGCCCCGACCAGCGCUACCGCAGCGAGCACACGCUGGACCGCGACUACAGCCCGGACCGCCGCUACCGCAGCGAGCGAACCCUGGACCGCGACUACAACCCGGACCGCCGCUACCGGAGCGAGCACGCGCUCGACCGUGACUACAGCCCGGAUCGGCGCUUGCGCAGCGACCGCGCCCCGAGCCCGGAGCCGCGCUACGGCCGGGACGGCUACAGCCCCGGAAGAGGCCAGAGGCGCGAACCGAGCUUUGAACGCGGCCGGGACCGAGACCGGGACCAGAGGUACAACGAGCCGGUCCGGCGGACGGCGAGCAGAGACCGCCUGGAUCGCUCGCCGUCGCCCGCUGCCGCUCCCAUCCCACUGCCCCGACCGGGCCGGGACCAGGAGCCGCUGGAGAAACCCGUCAACGUCCUGCUGCUGAAGAACCAUCCCAACGAAGAGUACGGCCUGCGCCUGGGCAGCCAGCUCUUCAUCAAGGAGAUGACGAGCAGCGGCCUGGCCGGCAGAGACGGGAACCUGCAGGAGGGAGACAUCAUCCUGAAGAUCAACGGCACGGUGACGGAGAACCUCUCCCUCGGCGACGCCGGGAAGCUGAUCGAGAAGUCUCGCGGCCGGCUGCAGCUGGUGGUUCAGCGCGACCGCCGCCAGAUCCUGAUCCGCAUCCCGCCGAUGGUGGACAGCGACUCGGAGCUCGAUGAUAUCUCUGAGAUCGAGUCGUACCGCUCUUACUCUCCACAGGAGCGAGGUCAUCCCUCUGACCUUUCCUCUCACUCGUCCACUGAGAGGCUUCGAGACAAACCCAGAGACGAUCCUUCCAGCAGGAUGACGAAAAUGGGUGCGAUGCCGACGCCUCUCAGAAGUCUGGACAGGCAUGAAGAUUCCUCGCCUCUGCCGCCAGAGAGGGACGAAACCCGAUCUGUGUCGCCGCCAGCAGCAGCAGUCGCCCCAAGAGUUCAGGUUCCUCCAAAAGUCCCGCUGAAGCCGAGCCUGGAGGACCAGGAAGUCUACGGGCCAAACACGAUAAUGGUGCGCUUCAAGAAAGGCGACAGCGUUGGGCUGCGGCUAGCCGGAGGGAAUGACGUCGGCAUCUUCAUCGCCGGCGUUCAGGAGGACAGUCCGGCCGAGCAGGAGGGUCUUCAGACCGGAGAUCAGAUCGUUAAGGUGAACAACGUUGACUUCAGAGGGAUGGUGCGUGAAGACGCCGUCCUCUUCCUGCUGGAGGUCCCAAAAGGAGAAGACGUGACCAUCCUGGCUCAAAGCAAACCCGAAGUGUAUGAAGAUGUUCUGGCGUCCGGACGCGGCGACUCGUUCUACAUCAGAACCCACUUCGAGUACGAGAAGGAGGCGCCGCAGAGCCUCCCGUUCGGCAGGGGAGAGAUCUUCAAGGUCAUCGACACGCUGUACGACGGCAAGCUGGGCCACUGGCUGGCCAUCCGCAUGGACCAGGACAGCCAGUCGCCGGAGGUGAAAAAGGGAAUCAUCCCCAACAAGAGCAGAGCUGAACAAAUGGCCAACGUGCAGAACGCUGCCAGAGCGGCGUCAGGCAACGACAGAGGAGACUUCUGGAGGCUGAGAGGUCAAAGGGCGGGGAAGAAGAAAGACCUGCGGAAGAGCCGAGAGGACCUGAGCACCGCGCCGGUCGCCACCAAGUUCCCCGCGUACGAGAGAGUGGUGCUCCGAGAAGCUGGUUUCAGGAGGCCGGUUGUGAUAUUUGGACCGAUUUCUGACGUCGUGAACGAGAAACUGGCCUGCGACCUUCCCAACGAGUUUAUUGUUGCCAAAACUGAGCCCAAAGACGCUGGAAGUGAGAAAUCGUCUGGAGUGGUGAGACUGAACACCAUUCGACAAAUCAUUGAGCAGGACCUCCACGCGCUGCUGGACGUCACUCCCAAAGCCGUGGACACCUUGAACUACACCCAGUGGUAUCCCAUCGUGGUGUUCCUGAACCCGGACAGCAAGCAGGGCGUCAAAACCAUGAGGAGCCGCCUGAUCCCCGGAUCCAACCGCAGCGCCAGGAAACUGUAUGAACAGGCGGUCCGGCUGAAGAAGACCUGCUCCCACCUCUUCACCGCGACCAUCGACCUGAACUCGUCGAACGACGCCUGGUACGGCAGCGUGAAGGAGUCGAUCCGGGAGCAGCAGGAGAAAGCGGUGUGGGUGUCCGAGGGGAAGAUGGACGGGUCAGAGGAGGACCUGGACCUCCAGGACGACCGCAUGUCCUACCUGUCUGCCAUGAGCGCCGACUACCUGAGCAUGGACAGCCGCCUGACCAGCGACUACGACGACACGGCGGACGAGGGUGGGGCUUACACCGACAACGAGCUGGACGAGACGCUGGACGACCCGACGCCCGUCUCCGCCAUCAGCAGGUCGUCGGAGCCCGUCCUGCCCGAAGAGCCGCGCCGCACCAAGAGGCCCGGCAGGGAGGUUCUGACCCGGGACCCCAGCCCGCCGCCUUCGUUUGUUCCAGAACCACCAAAGGUCCGCGCCCAGACUCGGACCGACUCGGUGCGCAGCUACGAGUCCCAGUCCAGCAGCACCAUCAGCAGCAUCGACGCGGCGGCCGCCAGCAGGCCGGCGCCUCCGCCGGUGGCCUUGAAGCCCAACAUCCCGCGCCUCCACCAGUCCUCAGAGGAGCAGGCGCCGGCGAACCAGCAGGAGGAGGAAGACCCCGCCAACAAGUCCUUCCUGGGAAAGAGAAUGGCCAAUCAGAUCAAAGCUUUUGAGAAGAUGGACCACCUGGCCCGAGCUCAUCGACUUCUGGAGCUGCAGGAGGCGGAAAACGCUCGAUUGGAAAUCGCCCAGAAGCAUCCAGACAUCUACGCCGUCCCAAUGAAGCUGCCAAAACCCAAUCUGAACCGCCCGCAGCCAAUCGGCUCCAACGCCGAGCCGCAGACGAUGUCCAGGCCCAUGUACUCGGAGACGAGAGGAAACGAGGACAACGAGGCGGAGUACCGCCGCCAGCUGGCGGAGCAGACCCGGAGGGGAUACUACAACCCUCAGAAGUACAAGGACACCGAGCUGUGAGGCUCCGAACAGGAAGUGAGGUCGUUCCCCAGCUUCUGUCGCUUUCUGAACUUCUUUUUUUCUCGCAUUUCGGCUUCGAGUCCAGACUCUCUUGAAGCCGGCGGCGGCGGCGCCGCAGAGGAAGAAAUAUCGGUCCUGAUUUCCAGAGACGAAAUGUUCGGUUUGGGUUUAAAAGCCUCCAGUGUUUCACUGGCGAGUCGAAGGUUUCUGAAUCCGAUCCGUCACAAAUAUCAAGCAGAAGUCUUAACUUUAAUUAGUUUGUUUUUCCUCCACGCAGCAGAUUAAAUGUUUUAAAGCUGGUUUGGUUAAUAUUCAUCCAGAGUUUCUGAAGGUCUUUAAAAACCUUCCAGGAACCAGAAAAGUUCCUGGAAGGUUUUUCUUCCAGUCAAUUUCACCAGAGCUGCUACCUGGUUCUACAAGGUGAGAGAUUUAAUAAUCAUGUUCCACCAUCUAGAAGUUUUAUUUCUAUCUAAAUAUCCCCACAGAAACAAAACAAAACAAAAUGCUUGUUUUUGUCUGUUAU